AUGAACAGCAGCCAAGCCAGCAUGGAGAACCACAGCGAGCCCAGAACUGGAGGAGGAGAUCAAACCCUGCUGCUGCCCACAAAGGCCAUGGAGAAGAGGUUGGAAGCCAAGUCCAGCAAUAGCACCCAGUUUCUGCCCCAAAACUACCUGGGAAAACCUGCAAGGGAGCUGAGAAGCCUGCAGCUGUUCUACCUGUGCCUGUGUGCCUUGUGCUCCUCAGCAGAUGCAAACUGGAAUAGAUCUGAAUGUGAGCCAGGGAAGGUCCUGUCUGGCCGUUUGCAGUUGUGGGAAGAUCAUCACUUACAGCUUCUGGAAGGAUUCCACACCCUUCAGUCCUGUCAGACCGCCUGCUGCCAGAACCCCACCUGUGAUGCCUUUUGGUUCUUGGAAAAUAUGUGCAUCCAGGUGAACUGCACUGUGCCUGGCACGUGCCAGGUGACCAGGACUGGCUUUUCUGAGUCUGUUUUGGUGUUUUUAAAGAAAUCUAAUAGCACAGAGCGCUUAAAGUUGCACACUGAAGAGGAUGUGAAGACCUGGGUUCACAAAUGGGGCAGCCCUGUCCAGAGGAAAAAAAGACUGCAGAGGUCAUUCCAGAGAUGGAGCUUGGCAGGUGACAGGGUGGGACUCCUGGAAAGGGACACAGCAGCGAGCCCCAGCGCUGAGGCUGCAGCCAGAGCAUCCGACAGCAAAUCCAGGAGCAGCCGAAGUGAAGCAGAGAGCUUGAAGGAGCAGGUGCUGAGGCACUUGGUGGCAGACAGGCCUGUUCCUGGAGACCAUCCACGUGAAAAGAAAGACUCCCUGAAAGAAGGACAGAAUCCAGGAGAGCAGAAACCCAAAAGCCUGCCCCCUCCUAAAAGCAAUAAUGUGAACAGGUCGAGCGAUGCAGAUGGCAUUGGCUUGCCACAGAUCCACACAGGAACACCUGCACCAGAGCCAUCAGUGCUGGCUACACUCUCCAGUCCUGCAGCCACAGGGAGGACCGAGAAGCCUGGGCAGGCAGCUGAUGCUUUGGGCCACCCUCCCUCCUCAGAGGUGCUGCCCACGGCCAGCCCUGUGCCGGCGAGGAGCACAGCGAAGGUGCAGGCAGCGAGCCCUGUGCCAAGUGGGGUUCCCACCAACAGCAGCACUUCCACAGCCCAGCCCAGCACUGCUGUGUCACUGAGCACUACUGCCACCACACCAGUUAUGAAGGAGCUGGUUGUUUCUGCUGGAGACAGUGUGGAAGUGACCCUGCCAAAGAAUGAAGUGCAGCUGAACGCUUUUGUGCUCCCUGAACCAUCCCCUCGAACCACUUAUUCCUAUGAGUGGGAAUUGAUUACUCAUCCAAAAGACUACAGUGGAGAGAUGGAAGGGAAGCACUCCCAGACCCUUAAGUUAUCUAAGCUUACUGUGGGUCUGUACGAGUUCAAGGUCGUGGUGGAUGGGGAGAACGCACGUGGAGAGGGCUACGUGAACGUGACGGUGAAUCCAAAGCCGCGGGUGAAUCGGCCUCCUGUUGCCAUCGUGUCCCCUCAGUUCCAGGAGAUUUCACUGCCAACCAUCUCAACUGUUAUUGAUGGCAGCCAGAGCACUGAUGAUGAUAAAAUUGUCAGCUAUCACUGGGAGGAGCUGAGGGGCCCUCUGCGGGAGGAGAAGGUUUCCAGCGAUACUGCCAUACUGACACUGACCAACCUGGUACCUGGGAAUUACACAUUCAGUCUAACAGUAGUGGACUCAGAUGGUGCCAGCAACUCCACCACUGCAAACCUGACAGUGAACAAAGCAGUGGAUUACCCUCCAGUGGCAAAUGCAGGCCCAAACCAGGUGAUCACCCUGCCCCAGAACUCCAUCACCCUCUACGGGAACCAGAGCACCGACGACCACAGCAUCGUCAGCUACGAGUGGCUGCUCAGCCCCAACAGCAAAGGGAAGGUGAUGGAGAUGCAGGGGGUGAGGACACCAGUCCUGCAGCUCUCUGCAAUGCAAGAAGGGGAUUACACUUACCAGCUGAUAGUGACUGAUUCUGCUGGGCACCAGUCCACUGCAGAGGUCACUGUGAUAGUCCAGCCAGAGAACAAUAAGCCCCCAAAGGCAGAUGCUGGUCCAGAUAAAGAAUUAACUCUUCCUGUGGACAGCACCACUCUAGAUGGCAGCAAGAGCUCAGAUGACCAGAAGAUUGUCUCCUUUCUCUGGGAGAAAACACAGGGCCCAGAUGGUGUCAAGCUGGAGAAUGCCAACAGCAGUAUUGCCACUGUAACAGGCCUGCAGGUUGGGACCUAUGAGUUUACUCUGACAGUUAAAGAUGAGAGGAACCUGCAGAGCCAAAGCUCAGUCAACGUCAUUGUCAAAGAAGAGAUCAACAAGCCGCCGGUUGCGAAGAUUGCUGGUAACGUCGUCAUCACCUUGCCCACAAACACAGCAGAGCUGGAUGGAUCCAAGUCCUCUGAUGACAAGGGAAUUGUCAGCUACUUGUGGACCCGGGAUGAGGGCAGCCCUGCAGCUGGGGAGGUGUUAAAUAAUUCAGACCAUCACCCAGUCCUUCUCCUGUCUAAUCUAGUAGAAGGGACCUACACAUUUCACCUCAGAGUGACAGAUGCCAAAGGAGAGAGCGAUGUGGAAAGGAGCACGGUGGAAGUCAAACCUGAUCCCAGGAAAAAUAACCUUGUGGAGAUCAUUCUGGAUGUUAAUGUCAGCCAGCUGACCGAGAGGCAGAAGGGGAUGUUCAUCCGGCAGAUCGGUGUCCUGCUGGGGGUCCUCGACUCAGACAUUACUGUGCAGAAGAUCCAGCCAUACACUGAGCAAAGCACGAAGAUGGUGUUUUUUGUGCAGAAUCAGCCUCCCCAUCAGAUAUUCAAAGGGCGAGAGGUAGCCUGGACGCUGAAGAACGAACUGCGGAAACAGCAGUCGGACUUCCUCAUCUUCCGGGCACUGGAGAUCAACACAGUCACCUGUCAGCUGAACUGCUCUGAGCACGGCCGCUGCGACUCCUUCACCAAGCGCUGCGUCUGUGACCCUUUCUGGAUGGAGAACUUCAUCAGGGUGCAGAUGGGAGAUGGAGAGAGCAACUGUGAGUGGAGCGUGCUGUAUGUGGUCAUUGCGUCCUUCGUCAUCGUGGUUGCCCUUGGGAUCUUCUCCUGGAUGGUGAUCUGCUGUUGCAAGAGACGAAAAGGGAAAUCCAAAAGAAAAAGCAAAUACAAGAUUCUGGACGCAACGGAUCAAGAAAGCCUGGAGUUAAAACCAAAUCCCAAAGCAGGUGGCAGACAGAAAUCCCAGGUCCUCAACACUAGCCUGAUGCACUCAGAGUCUGAACUGGACAGUGAUGAAGCCAUCUUCACGUGGCCUGACCGUGAGAAAGGGAAGCUGCUCCGCAGCCAGAACGGCUCCGUGCGCAACGGACAAGUGAUGCUCAAACCCAAGAACCAGAGGGAGGAGAUCCUCUAGUUCCCCUCAGGUGGCCAUUUGCUGGAGCUCAGUG